ACUGGGGAUGUGGGCGGGGACAGUUAACACGCAAACAUGGCGGCGUCCUUAGAUGAUGAUUUAGAGCUGGACAACCAAGAUUAUUAUUCUUUACUCAAUGUCAGAAAAGAGGCAACGCAAGAUGAACUGAAGGCCUCCUACCGGAGGCUUUGCAUGCUGUACCAUCCCGACAAACACAGAGACCCCGAGCUCAAACAGCAGGCCGAGCAGCUCUUCAACCAGGUGCACCAAGCCUAUGAAGUUCUAAGUGACCCUCAGUCCAGAGCCAUUUAUGACAUCUUUGGGAAGAAGGGGCUGGAGGUGGAGGGAUGGGAGGUGGUGGAGAGAAAGAGAACUCCGGCAGAAAUUCGCGAGGAGUAUGAAAGGCUGCAGCGAGACCGAGAUGAGAGGCGACUGCAGCAGAGAACUAACCCAAAGGGUACCAUCAGCGUAGGCGUAGACGCGACCGACCUCUUUGACCGCUAUGACGAAGACUUUGAGGAGAUGCCCGGGGGAGGCCUGCCUCAUGUCGAAAUAAACAAGAUGCACAUUUCGCAGUCAAUCGAGGCUCCGCUGACAAACAAGGACACUGCAGUGCUGUCUGGUUCUCUCUCGACGCACAAUGGAACCGGAGGAGGCAACAUCAACGUGGUCGUACGCAGGGUCACGUCGGCCAAGGGCUGGGGAGAGGUGGAGGUAGGUGCCGGGGACAUCCUGGGACCCCUGUUCGGAGUAAAGGUGUUCCGUAACCUGACAGCGCGCUGUUUCCUGACGGCACAGUGCGGCGUGCAGUUCUCCCCGCGCGGCAUGCGCCCCAGCUGCUCCCUGAUGACGGCCCGCCACCUGGACCACAACACCAUGGGCUACCUGCAGUGGCGCUGGGGCCCCAACAGCGCCAUGACCACCAGCCUGGUCCGGGACACCAAGACCACCCACUGCACCCUGGCUCUUCAGCUAGGGGUCCUUAACUCCUACCUGAUGAUGAGCUACCAGUACAAGUUCCAGGAUGAGGACCAGACCAAGGUCAAAGGAUCCCUCAAGACGGGCUGGUUUGGAACGGUGGUGGAGUAUGGGGCGGAGAGGAAGAUCAGCCGACACAGCGUCCUGUCUGCCACCGUCAGCAUGGGGAUCCCCCAGGGGGUGACACUCAAGAUCAGGUUAUCACGCGCCAGCCAGACAUACCUGUUCCCCAUCCACCUGACAGACCAGCUGCUGCCCAGCGCCGUCUUCUACGCCACCGUGGGCCCGCUGCUGCUCUACGUGGCGGUCCACCGGCUCAUAGUCAUCCCAUACACACGAGCACAGAAACGAGAAGACCUGGAGCUUCAGAGGAUCAGCUCGGCCACCGACAUAGCCAAGAAGAAGCAAGAGGCCGAGUCAGCUGUUUUGCUGAUGCAAGAGUCUGUGAGGAGAAUCAUAGAAGGAGAGGAAUCCAAAAUGGGUCUGAUCAUCCUGAACGCCUGGUACGGGAAGUUUGUGACGGACACCAGCCAGAAGCAGGAGAGGGCCCAGGUGAUCGACGUCACCGUGCCCCUGCAGUGCAUGGUCAAGGAUUCUAAGCUCUGCCUUACGGAAGCCUCCAAGGUGGGGCUGCCAGGCUUCUACGACCCCUGCGUAGGAGAGGAGAAGAGUCUGAAGCUACUGUACCAGUUCAGAGGCGUCCUGCACCAGGUUCUCUCUGCGGACUGCGAGGCUCUCAGGAUACCCAAACAAUCUCACAGAAUAGACGCUGAGUCCUAGAAGCCCGCUUCUGCCGGAUCUCCAUGGCUGGAAGGGGGAAGAACACACAAGCAGCACUAUAAACAGGAGGAAGUUAUAGCAAAGACGAAAACAACACAAGGUUCCCAUCCUCCCCUCUCCCUCUCCCUGUCGUCUGUACCUGGUGCUGUGAAUGAAUCCCCACCUGGAGUCCUCCUGGCCCUUCUCUGGUCCUGUCAGCCGUCUCCCAUCACUGCUAGGACCUCGGCAUCUUUUAGAUUUCUUUGUUCUCUACAUCCAAACCAAACAAGACUGGCCAGAUGGAUGCAUGGCAGGCCCCCUCCCCAUGAUCCCCCCAUCAGUCCUUAAUGCACACACCACAUACUAACUGAGUUCACUUGCAUCAAAUGUGGUGAUUGAUCCAAAGGGAAUUUGGUGCGAGACCAGAGCUUCAUUUGAAGCUGAUCGCUGUUGCAACUUAAAAUGAUUCGUUAUGGUAUAUUUGAUCCAAAAGGAAACAGCAUUUUAUCCUGUAUACAUAUCACUACAGUACACACUCACCAUUGUUUGAAGCUUCCAACCUUAUUCUAAGGCACAUUGAGAGUUGAAGGCUAUGCUUAACAACUACAUAUGAUGUCAUCCUCCCAGUAUCCUUUGGGUUAGCCAGCACCUCUUUGGCGGAGGAAACGUUUAGAAUUAAGUCAUUCAUUUAAAAUCUCCCUAGUUCUUGUAUAUUUUUGUUGAAUUGUCUCAACGCAAGUUAUAAUGCCUUGUGGCAACAUGUCUGCUGCUCGUGUGGGAGACAUUGUUUCCUGCUAUGUCUGUUGACCUGACAUGAACCACAUAAGGACCAUUUCUCCAUACAUAUGUUUCAAUGUUUAUCAUGUUAUCCAGUUGUAAUCUUAGGAUGUUCAAGUAUGCCACCUACGUGCCAUACCCUUGCAUUUGUUCAUAUUGUCGUUUGCUAUGUAAUGAUGAGCUAGACUCAAGCAUUCCUUAACUUCUGGAUGGUUCUGUCGUUGACGAUAAGGGUCGGUAUGGCAUGGAUUAAUAAUAGUCGUAAUCUAUAUAGGCCAUUCUUGUAUUUUUUUGCUGAGAAGGCAACUAUUUUAAUGUAACCGUGGUCCCAUAAUAUCUUACAACAUAGCACACGCACCAGGAGGGUUGUAUUCUAUAUUGUAUUAUAGAAAUUAGCUAUUGUAUAUUAUACAAUAUAUCAUAAGAUAAUUAUGUUAGCGGAAUGAAAAUACUUUCAUUCCCCGUUCAUUCCAUUGUGUCACUACAAUUAUACAAAAUGUAUGGGCAUUAUGUAAUUCUAAAAAACAUUACUGUGAAAUGAAGCACUAAUUUAACAUGUAGCAACUAUUUAAGGCCAUCACAAGUAUUUCUAAUAUGGAAAACGUAAAUUUCACAUUAUCAAAAAUGUUCUUUAUGUUCUGGCAACUAUAAUCGUUGCCAGAUAUCCAUAUGCUAGCUCUGUGAAUAAGACUAAACCUAUUUUCCUUUUUAUGUUGUCCCUCAAGUUACACACACACACACACGUAUAUAUAAAAAUUUGUCUUCUGGCUUGAAUCCAUUCUAACCAUUAUUUCAACAAGUCUACAUUCCUUUCGAGGAUAACAUUUCUGUCAUUUUAUUUGCUCAUGUUUGGUGUUGAGUGUAACCAGAGCCAUCUAUCUCUAAAGGGCUCUGGCCCUGGCCAAACGACUAUUGACUCGCUGCAGUGCCACCAUGAGGCCAAGAGAAGGACUGCACCCCCUGACCUGUAAACUGAAGUGUUUUAAGUUGUGCGUGAGGAGCCUCUUUGCCCUCAUGACCAUUGUGGUGGUGCAAUAAAUACCAGCUGAUCUGUGAGAUGCUGUGUUUAAAGUUCA